AUGCCUCUGGGUUGUUUGCAGACUCACGAAGACCAGGCUACAGGGCCAUACGAACAACCUGGCUUGGAGGUCACCCCUCAAGAACAACUCGAGCACUCAGAAGAAUGGUCGAGACUUCAAGUAGCCAGCAGCCCAUCCGAAUACUAUCAGAACAAUGGGAAAGAAGUAGUAUCAGGAUAUUGCACAAACGAUAAGAUAACUGUGGUCACGGACUAUGCUGAACUCCCACAAAACGAGAGAGCAGUAUCACCAACAAAACGUCGAAAGCCCAUUCGGUACAUUGUGGGAGUUACAUUGUUUAUACUUGUUGUCAUUGGCGCUGCUCUCGGAGGCUUAAUAGCAAGCCGAAAGAAGACGCACGACAGCAGCGGCUUAGCAACCGGAGACUCUGAUGAAGAGAAACCAGCCAGCACACCUACCUCUACCCCGAGCACCAACACGACUCAAAAACAACAGUCAAUACGACAGGGCUCACCGUUGACCGUUACUGGUUGGCGAAAACAUGAUGGUGUUGAGAUAUAUCUCUACUAUCAGGACUACAACAACGAGAUUCGGGGUUACAUAUACGAUGGUACACGAUAUUGGGGCAACUCUUGGCACAAACUUGACAAAUACAACUCCUUUGCCAGUGAGGGUACUCGCCUGGCCGGAACAAUAAUCCACUGGGGUCAAGGCUACCUGCCACAAAUCGAGCUCUUCUAUACUAGUGAUAAGAACCGGCUUCUCGGCGUUAGCAUCAACGAAAAACUCAUAACAUCAUACGAGGAGAACAAUAUCAAGAAUAUCGCUUUCGCUACUGGGUGUCGCAACAGUAUCAGUGCAUACUGGCCAUGGAUAACAUUCCAAAAACCUAGUGGUGAACUUGUCGAAGUGCGGAACCGCCUUGGUGCCAAACUUUCACCUGAAAAGAACUGGAACUGGAUUGACCUGGGUAUUCAAGCCGCUAAUGCAAGCAGGUUGGCACUGGUGCCUUUGUCGACGAACUUUAGCAAGAUUGCGGACGCAGGAGGUUAUGGGAUAAUUUAUCAGAGUACGGAUGGUCGAUUGGCUACAACCGUGCCACGCCUAGAGUUAGCAAUUGCUGGUGAAUAUGCUUCUUCUUGGCCUACAAACUUCCCAUCUAUAACUUUGCCAGAGCAUGCUGUGUUUGCCGCUUUUUCAGUUGCUCGACCGUCGGACCCGUUGCAGCGCGUCAACACAUACGUUCUUUAUCUCGACGCAUCUUUCAACAUAAACGUAGUUUACGUUGAAUCUGGGUCGUGGAAGACGGUGCAGCCGUCUGAUUUGAAAAAUGUGGAUUCUGACACAGACAUUUCAUGCCUUACUAUGGCAACUACAUACCGAGACCCGGAUUUCGGCGAGGUACUUUUGGAAGAAGCUUCAAAAGAGACGAGAUGCUAUUUUCAGAGAGGUGGGCAGUUAAUGGAAGUGGCAUUUGAUGGGGUUACAUGGACAAAAGUCGGACAUGUAACAGUGACAUAA